AUGGUUCCUUCUGAUCUGGAUGAUGUGUUGUCUGAAUCAGGCACUGAGCAAACCCCAUCGUCAAGUCUGGUCGUACCAAGAGAUUCCUUGCCAGAAUGGGGCAGUGACGAGAGCAGUGAGACAAGUGAUGAGGCAGCGACUGACUCGGAGACAGACGAGGCAGCAAGUGACCCGGAGACAGAUGAAGAAGAAGGAGGAGGUGGCAAGGUGCCUAAGGCGGAAGAGGAUGGAGUGAAAGAAGAAAAAGAAGAAGCAAAAGAAGAAGAGAAAAAAGAAGAAGAAGAAGAGGGUUCAAGCAGCGAGGACGAGGACAGUUCAGAGAAUGAUGAAGAGGAGGACAGUUGUGAAUCCGAUGGAGAAGAGUCUGAAGAGGAGGACAUGGAAGAAGAUGAUGAAGUAGAAGCGGGUCGGGGUGAAGUUCCAGAUCCUCCCACCGAUGGGGCCGCCUGCCAUGCUUUGGUUCCCGUUGCCCAGAGUUCUUUGGAUCAAGCUGUGGCAGUACGCAACAGCGCCCCGUCAAAUCAAAAACGAUGCGUGACGCACAAAAAGGAGUGGGACACUUUCUCACGCCAGCUGUCUUCCAAGAAACUUCCUGGCAAUAUCGGCGAGUACGCUGUGUCAAACAAACAUGACCUUUUUGGGUUGUGGUUGGACAACGGCCACGUGUGGGAUCGCGUGGCGCUGGAGGUGGAGCGCAAGACUUCAUCCAAGGCUACUUCCGCGCGUGGCUGGGAGGCUGUGCAGGGUAAAACCCUGCGCAAGCGCUAUGAGGACGACGACAAGUACAAAAAGAUCAUUGCUGCUCGCAAGGAACAGGGCAUGUUCUAUCGGGAUGAUGACUUCCCUGACGACGAUGAUGAGGAAGCAUGGUAUUUCAUGCGAACGGCGCAAACUUUCAAACAAGAGGAAAUCACCGAGGAGUCUAUGAAGUUGAAGGGCAAGGCCAAGGUAGACCAGGGUUUGCAGGAUGCCCUAUGUGAUGCUGAGAGUGGGGUUCUGAGGGCAGGAGUCUUGCCGCAGCUGUCAGCCGCGACACCGCAGGGUUCAAAGAAGCUUGUGGACGCACUGCAGAAGGUAGCGAAACGGGUCAAUGAAGAAAUUGCUGGCCUGGUAGCGUGGUCUCUUGAGCACGCAGCCAGCGGCAUAGCUCCAGUGCGCGGCUACAACGGAGAAACCUUUCCACCCAAAUCCUACCGGGCUGAACUUGCUGGAAAGACUUUAGCGUUGGGGUGGAAGGUAUGCUAUUUUGCCAUGAAGUCCGACUUAAAGGCCAGACAGUAUUUGAACAACUUCUCCCGAUACUACAAGUGUGGAUUGGUGUGUGAUACGUGCCUAGCUGGAAAUACCAAAGCAACGCCAGAUUCCAUGAACUACCGUAACUUUGGGUCAACGGCAGCCUGGCCUUUGACAAAGCUGGGACACGAUGCCUACCUCCAAAGAGAGGGUUGCCGAAUUUCUCCAUGGGCGGCUGUUCCAGGAUACCGCAUCGAGACAGUUGCCUACGAUUGGAUGCAUAACAUCUUUCUAGGUGUUGGAAGAGAUUUAGUUGGGUCUGGACUCAGGACUUUGGUCUUGCAAGGGGUUUACGAACAUGUGGUUCCUUCUCGUGAUCUAGACGCCACCCUUGAGUGCAUCCACCAAGAGAUGCGCGCAGACUGCGCCAAGAAUGGGCAAUAUUUGCCAUGCAAGCCUGUGUUGAAUACUGCAAGCGUUGGCGGCACGGCGGAGUAUGCUGAGCUUUCUACACGCUACAAAGCGUCGCAUGUAAAGCUGAUGAUCUCUUGGCUGGCACGGAAAACUCAAAAAGUUGCUGACAACAGACCGGAUCUGCUUCUCAAUGCGCUGGCAACGUGCGCCUACAGUCUACAGCGUGCCAUAGAGAUCAUGGACUCUGCAGGACUUGUAUUGAGCAAUGAUGACGCGCGUGAAGCCAAGCAAUCGCUCAUCUCCUAUGUGCAAAGCUUUUGUUGGUUGGCGCUCCACUGUUGCGACAACCACCUUUUGUUGUUCAAGGUAAGGCCCAAGACCCAUUACCUUUACCAUGUUGCCACCGAAGUGGGUGAACUUCGAUUAAAUCAGAACUUGACUCAUACAUUUGAAGAAGAGUCCUUUUUGGGCAAGAUCAAGGCCAUUGCGGCCAAAACCCAUGGAAAAACGAUGACCCAAAGGGUCUUUCAAAGAUACCUGUUGUGCUUCGCGGUGUUCAUCGACCAAGACCGCAGGCGAACGUGA